AAUACAUAUCAACUCACUGACUUCUACUAGUUUCUUCUUCGUCUGCCACUUAUUACGAAUUCUAGAUUAAUACGCAGGCGUGUGCUACAAUAGCGACCACCGUGCAAUAGCAAUCACCGCGUGCUUCGCUAAUUAGUUUUAUAUGUAGAACGUCUGUGUCAAUAGCGUUGUAGUAUACCUUUUUGUGCCGUUAGCACUAGCGAUAAUUGUAUCAAUUACAAUGAUGAAGCGCAGAGCUGAUGACGAGGAGGAUGGGAGUUGGUACGAUGGUCAAAGCAUCCACCAACAGCAUCCCAUUCAAACACCCCACACACAGGGACAAACUAUGCAGCAAUCGCCACACUUACAAUCACAACACAGACCACAACAUCAUCCAUUACAACAAAGGCCAUCCCGUGGAUCGGUCUUGCUUCAAACGGCGCAUCAUGCGCAUAACUGUCAGCACUCACAGCAAUCAGGGCAGCAGGCACAAACUCCACUACAACAACAACACCAACAACAAAUACUGCCGUUGCAUCAGCAAGGCUAUUCGCAACAUUCACAGGAGUACACAGGGCACCACCAUCAUCAACAAUCACAAAUACAGCAGCAGCAACAACAUCAACAUCAGCAACACCAACAUCCACACCAACAGAAACAAUCAGCGCAAGUCCAGCACGCACAUCAACAACCCCAACAGUCGCAACAGCAGCAACAAGGUGGUGCAAUGCAAGGCAUGCAUUCGCCAGGUUCUCAGUCGCAAGCAAGUGAACAAAUCAACAGGCAAGGUGGAAUGGCAGCACCAGAAGUAUUUAUCUCUCCAUUGUUUCGGGCUGUGAUGGAUCAUAGGAUAGACGAGCUCCGACGCCUGUUGGAUAUCGGGGCAAAUAUUUUUGAGACGACUGAUAAGAUGCGAUCUCUCCUUCAUGUAGCAGUUGCAGAAGGAGACACAGACAUUGUGAGUCUUCUUUUAGAGAGAGGGGCCAAUGUUGAAGCAAAAGACUCGGCCAAGAAUACUCCUCUUUACUCGGCAUUGAAUGUGAACGGGGUCUUUAACAGCGAGAUAAUUGCUCUGCUGUUGAAUAGUGGAGCCGAUGUCAACGUGAAAAAUAAAGAGCAAAAAACACCACUAUUCAUGGCUGUUGAUUCACACGAGAAUUUCAGCCAGAUUGCCAACAUAGUGGAUAUGCUGCUGGAAGCAGGUGCCGAUAUUGAUGCUCAUGGACCGGGCAAGCUUACACCCCUCUCUCGAGCUGCGGGGGAGUCGAAGACUGAGAUUGUUGCUAUGCUGCUGACGCAUGGUGCUACUGUUCAUACCAUUUCAUAUAAUGGAAAGACUCCGCUACAUCGAGCAUGCUAUACAGGGUCUGUGGAUAUAAUCAAACUUUUACUCGAUGCGGGUGCAGACCCGGAAGCGCUGGACAAAAAACAAAACACUCCGCUGAGGUUAGCUGGACAUAACCACGAAUUGUCUAAGGAGGUUUUAGCAGAAAUCGAAGUGCUCAUCAAGGACAAUAUAAAGGCCAAUUCGAACAAGAAGGGUACUGCGGCAGCGAACGGGACCUCGUCGUAUCGGCCGCAGAUGAAUCUAGGAACGAAGAAGAUGAAAUACAAAUCGGAUGUCGUAGAGAAUGUUGUACAUGGACCUGCGGCAGGAGUAGAAGGAGAUGGAUAUAUCCAAGAAAUCAAUAAGUUACGUACACAAAUAUCAAACACGACGAGAGAAUUAGACGAUGCGAAUAGGAAACUGCGGGAGAAAACUGACAUCAUUGACAAGCUCGCAUUAGAAAAGAGUGCGGAGUGCGAGUACUACCAAUCUCAAGCAAACAAGCACAGGACGCAAAUUGCAAUGCUGGAAGAGAAACUGUCGCACUCGGGCAAUUCGAAGACAGGCAGCUCACCAAUGUCCAUAAAUCAUCCAGAGCUCACGUAUGAGCAACUACGCGACGCGCUUUCUCAGAAGGAUGUGGAAAUAGCUGAUCUACGGGCGAAGCUGCAGAAGGUUCUAGAGGCGAUAACGUAAUUCAUGAGCGACAGUUUAUCACAUUAAUGAAUUAAAACUUUAUCAAGUACAAUCCUGGCGGCUAUACAUACGGAGUACAAGCGUGAACUCAUAUGUUGGUCGAUUGGUAACCCCUUAGCGAAGCUGGCUCUGAUGAGUGGAAUGCGGAGUGACACCCUUUUCAAGCUAACAAUGGGAAGGGAAGUGACACCCCGGUAGUGUUUAGCUCUAUCGCAUCAAUAUUACAUUGAUGUCGGCCUAUAGACAACAGGUCACAUCAAUGGUUGGAUCUGUGAUGCGGCACUCUGCGCGUGAACCCCUAAUUUGAGGAUUUGCAAUGGUUGUAUACCUUUUUUUAGUCAGCGCCCAAUGUGGCGUGAUUAAAAACGAUACUCAAUUCACACACGGUUUCUUUGUCGGCUUCUAGCAUGUACAGAUAUGCGG